CAGCGGCGAAAGUUGCUGAUUUCAUAUCUUUUCCUUGUAAAUGCACUGGUGGAAAAGUAAAUAAAAGAUUAAGAGCUUCAAGAGAACCAUGUGCAGCGCUGAUAUCACUUUCUCUUUUCACUUAUCUGAAAAGUUCGAAAGUUCAUCAGUAAGUUCUCCAUCAAUAAAUUUGCAGAUUGGGUUGUUUUCGACGGAUGACUUUUUUUUGCAUUUUGCAUGGUUAUUCGCUGUGUUUUUUUUGGCAUUCUCCAUGAGUGGUGGGAACAGUUUGACAGAGCCGAUUGGAAUAUAAACAUAAAUAGGAAUAAUUUCUUCUCGACUAAAAAAUUUUACUCUGAUCUUGCCACCAGCAUUGUGCAGUUACUUGAGGUAUCCCGGUUCAAAAAGUCUAAAGGCAACAAAAUGUAUCAUCGGUCGGAUUUAGCCUCAAAAUUGAUAUUAAUUUCAUUAAUAUCAGUCCUCUUUUCAGCAUGUGAAUCUUUGCAAACAAGACAACGCAGAGCCACCACUCAAGAAGAACUCGAUUCCCACUGCCCGGCAGAUUUUGGUAAGCAAGAAAUCACAUCGUGGAAAAAUGAUUGCAAUGAUUGUUUCUGUAUCGAUAUCAUGAAGGCCGCCUGCACGAGAAUGAAGUGCACAGGGGAACAUUAUGCAGUAAGCUUAGGAGCUGAAGAACAAAAAGCUGAUCCCAGAUGUGUGAAUAAUACUGGAAAUUCUUGGAAAGAGGACUGCAACGACUGUUUUUGCGUGUCGAACCCACCAGUGGUCGCCUGCACCAGAAAGCGCUGUGUGAAGCCUCCAUCAGACGUCGCGCCCCAGAAAGUCAAACGUGACAUUAGAGACGAUCUCUCCAAACAUUUUGAGGAGGAAAAUAAAAUGCAAG